AUGGAGCGCCGCACACUCCUCGCGCAGCCCGGGCUCUGGACCAGGGACACCAGCUGGGCGCUUCUCUAUUUCCUCUGCUACGUCCUCCCCCAGACGGCUCCGCAAGUACUCAGGAUCGGAGGAAUUUUUGAAACUGUGGAAAAUGAACCUGUUAAUGUUGAAGAAUUAGCGUUCAAGUUUGCAGUCACCAGCAUUAACAGAAAUCGAACCCUGAUGCCUAACACCACAUUAACCUAUGACAUUCAGAGAAUUAACCUUUUUGAUAGUUUUGAAGCCUCACGGAGAGCAUGUGACCAGCUGGCGCUUGGUGUGGCUGCUCUCUUUGGCCCUUCCCAUAGCUCCUCUGUCAGUGCUGUGCAGUCUAUUUGCAAUGCUCUCGAAGUUCCACAUAUACAGACUCGCUGGAAACACCCUUCAGUGGACAACAAAGACCUGUUUUACGUCAACCUCUACCCAGAUUAUGCAGCUAUCAGCAGGGCAGUCCUGGAUCUGGUCCUCUACUACAACUGGAAAACAGUGACCGUGGUGUAUGAAGACAGCACAGGUCUCAUUCGUCUGCAAGAGCUCAUCAAAGCUCCCUCCAGAUAUAACAUUAAAAUCAAAAUCCGCCAGCUGCCAUCUGGGAAUAAAGAUGCCAAGCCUUUACUCAAGGAGAUGAAGAAAGGCAAGGAGUUCUAUGUGAUAUUUGAUUGUUCACAUGAAACAGCCGCUGAAAUCCUUAAGCAGAUCCUGUUCAUGGGCAUGAUGACUGAGUACUAUCAUUACUUUUUCACAACCCUGGACUUAUUUGCUUUAGAUCUGGAACUCUAUAGGUACAGUGGUGUAAAUAUGACCGGGUUUCGGCUGCUUAAUGUUGACAAUCCUCACGUGUCAUCCAUCAUUGAGAAGUGGUCCAUGGAGAGACUGCAGGCCCCACCCAGGCCUGAGACUGGCCUUUUGGAUGGCAUGAUGACAACUGAAGCGGCUCUGAUGUAUGAUGCUGUGUACGUGGUGGCCAUUGCCUCCCACCGGGCUUCCCAGCUGACUGUCAGCUCCCUGCAGUGCCAUCGACACAAGCCAUGGCGCCUUGGACCCAGAUUUAUGAACCUGAUCAAAGAGGCUCAGUGGGAUGGCUUGACUGGGCGUAUCACCUUCAAUAAAACCGAUGGCUUGAGGAAGGAUUUUGAUCUGGACAUUAUUAGUCUCAAAGAGGAAGGAACUGAAAAGGUUGCUGGCGAAGUGUCUAAACACUUAUAUAAAGUGUGGAAGAAGAUUGGGAUUUGGAACUCCAACAGUGGGCUUAACAUGACAGAUGGCAACAAAGACAGGUCCAAUAAUAUCACCGAUUCUCUCGCCAACCGCACGCUCAUCGUCACCACAAUUCUGGAAGAACCCUAUGUGAUGUACAGGAAAUCUGAUAAGCCCCUGUAUGGAAAUGACAGAUUUGAAGGAUAUUGCCUGGAUCUAUUGAAGGAAUUGUCAAACAUCCUGGGUUUCAUUUAUGAUGUUAAACUUGUCCCUGAUGGCAAAUAUGGAGCUCAGAAUGACAAAGGAGAGUGGAAUGGAAUGGUCAAAGAACUCAUAGAUCAUAGGGCUGAUCUGGCGGUGGCUCCUCUUACCAUCACUUACAUGCGGGAAAAAGUCAUAGACUUCUCCAAGCCCUUCAUGACCUUGGGCAUCAGCAUUCUCUACCGCAAGCCCAAUGGCACCAAUCCAGGGGUCUUCUCCUUCCUCAACCCUCUCUCUCCUGACAUUUGGAUGUAUGUGCUCUUAGCCUGUUUAGGAGUCAGUUGUGUACUCUUUGUGAUCGCAAGGUUUACACCCUACGAGUGGUAUAACCCCCACCCAUGCAAUCCUGACUCAGACGUGGUGGAAAACAAUUUUACUUUACUAAAUAGUUUCUGGUUUGGAGUUGGAGCUCUCAUGCAACAAGGAUCAGAGUUGAUGCCCAAAGCUCUAUCAACCAGAAUAGUUGGAGGGAUAUGGUGGUUUUUCACGCUAAUCAUCAUUUCAUCCUACACUGCCAAUCUGGCUGCCUUCUUGACAGUAGAGCGAAUGGAAUCCCCCAUUGAUUCAGCAGAUGACCUGGCAAAACAAACCAAGAUAGAAUAUGGGGCAGUCAGAGAUGGAUCAACAAUGACCUUCUUCAAGAAAUCGAAGAUAUCCACCUAUGAGAAGAUGUGGGCUUUUAUGAGUAGCAGGCAGCAGACUGCCCUGGUCAAAAACAGUGAUGUGGGCAUCCAACGAGUGCUCACCACUGACUAUGCCUUGCUGAUGGAGUCCACCAACAUAGAGUAUGUGACGCAGAGAAACUGCAACCUCACUCAGAUCGGGGGCCUCAUUGACUCCAAAGGUUAUGGAGUGGGAACACCUAUAGGUUCUCCUUACCGGGAUAAAAUUACUAUUGCUAUUCUUCAAUUACAAGAAGAGGGGAAACUGCAUAUGAUGAAAGAGAAAUGGUGGCGGGGAAAUGGCUGCCCUGAGGAAGACAACAAAGAGGCCAGUGCUCUGGGAGUAGAAAAUAUUGGGGGUAUCUUCAUUGUUCUGGCUGCUGGACUGGUCCUUUCUGUAUUUGUAGCCAUUGGAGAAUUUAUAUACAAAUCACGGAAAAACAACGAUAUUGAGCAGAAAGGAAAGUCAUCAAGAAUUAGAUUUUAUUUUAGGAACAAAGUAAGGUUUCAUGGGAGAAAAAAACAAAGCCUUGGUGUAGAGAAGUGCCUCUCUUUCAAUGCCAUCAUGGAAGAACUGGGAAUCUCACUCAAAAAUCAGAAAAAGUUAAAGAAAAAGUCGAGAACUAAGGGUAAAUCUUCCUUCACAAGUAUCCUUACUUGUCAUCAAAGACGAACUCAGAGAAAAGAGAGUGUGGCAUGA